CGUGCAGCUCAGCCGCGACCGUUGGGCCGCGGUAAGCGAGACUUCUGCAACUAUCCAUGGCCUUCUUUUGAGCCGUCGCUGUGCUGUCUAUGGCGAUGACUAGCAGCCGUUCAACACAGUCGCCGACGAUGGCGCAUCUCUCGUCUGUCUCUUUUGGACAGUUGAACCAUGGUCUUGAAGUGGGGCAGAAUUACGGGUCGAUGAACACGGAGAUCCACUUGCCGCCGGAACGACCAGAAACACCGCCGCAGCCGUUCGCAACCAUCCCCUUCGCUCGCGACCCUGAUUUCGUCAACCGUGGAGACGUCCUCGACCAAGUCCACCAGCGAUGCUCCGAGCCAGCCAGUCGCGUGGCUCUCGUGGGCCUAGGCGGUAUGGGCAAGUCGCAACUGGCCAUCGAAUAUGCCCACCGGAUCCGCGAGGGGCAGCCUGACAGAUGGGUGUUCUGGGUCCAUGCUGGCACGCAGGCGCGCGUCGAAGAGGGCUUCAGGACGAUUGCCGACGCCGUCAAGCUGCCUGGCCGGAACCAGCCUAAAGCCGACAUCCCACAGCUUGUAUACGGCUGGCUGUCCAACGAGCGGAACGGCAGAUGGCUCAUGAUCCUAGAUAGCGCCGAUGACCGCGAUAUAUUCUAUAGACCCACCUAUAGUGACGCGCGUAACGAGCAGCGAUUUGCGACGUAUUCACCACAAAGCCCCAACGGAUCGAUUGUCAUCACAACAUGCAACAAGGACCUGGCGUUCAGGCUGACCGGACGCUACCAAAACAUCAUCGAGGUCGGACCGAUGGUGCAGGCGGACGCCCUCACGCUCCUGGAGAAGAAGUUAGGACCGCUCCAAGAUACAGAUGUGGCGCUCGAUCUCGUACGGGCGCUCGACCUUGUUCCACUGGCCAUCAGCCAGGCCGCCGCGUACAUACAGGCGAGGGUGCCGCGGAGCUCACCGGAAAAGUACCUGGCCGAGUUCCGGGAGAGUGAGCGCAAAAGAAGCAAGCUUUUAGAGCACGAUGCCGGCGACUUGCGACGGGACGCAGGGGCGUCAAACACGAUCCUCACGACAUGGCGGAUAUCCUUUGACCACAUCCAGUCCGAGCGGCCUUCGGCGGCGGAUCUCUUGUCACUUAUGAGCUUUUUCGAUCGACAAGGUAUCCCUGGGUGGGUUCUGAACCCUCCUGACGAUGGCAGCAGUGCUACAGACGGGGACGCAGAUGAUGGCACAGACGACGAUAUAGACGACGGUGUCGACGACGGAUUCGAAGAUGAUGUGGCGAUGCUGAGGGAUUUCUGUCUCAUCGUCGCGGACGAGGCGCAGGAUGAGUUUGAGAUGCAUGCGCUCGUGCAGCUGUCGACCAGAAGUUGGCUGGGAGAGUAUGAGCGGCAGGAGACGUUUAAGCAGCAGUGUAUUGAGCGAAUGGCGGCGGUAUUUCCAACAGGGGAGUACGAGAACUGGGCGACAUGCCGAAGUCUCUUCGCACACGUCCAAGUGGUCUCUAGGUACCGGCCCAGUGAAGAAACCGUCGAAGCACGGGCGAAGCUUUUGCAUGAUGGUGGUUGGUAUGCGUGGUCGCAAGAAAGUUACAAUAUAGCAGAGAAAAUGCUACGAAAGGCGAAGAAAACUUGUGAAGACAGAUUGGGAAAGGAGAAUGAGGCGACUCUAUCAUGCAUGCUCAUGCUUUUUAUAGUCCUUUCGGACCAAGGCCAGUGGGAGGAGGCGGAGAAGCUGCACCUGCUGGUGUUAGAGACUGCGGCAAAAGUUGGUGUCAACGACUCGUAUAGACUGAAGAUCAUGGGCAACUGGGCGUCAAUGUUGUUGAGGCAAAGCCGGUGGGACGAGGCUGAAAAGCUGCUUAUACGGGUGUUGGACGAGAGCCGGAUCAAACUCGGGGUCGACCACCCAGACACGCUAAGCACCAUGGCCAACCUGGGGACUGUGUAUAUGAACCAGGGCCGGCUGGAGGAGGCCGAAAAACUGGAGGUGCAGGUGCUAGAGGCGAGGAAGAUCAAGCUCGGAGUCAACCACCCAGACACAUUGUAGAGCAUAAGCAACUUGGCGUUAACAUCCUUGAAGCAAGGCAGGGGGGAAGAGGCAGAGAAGCUGUUUGUGCUGGUAAUGGAGACCUUCAGGACUGUAUUGGGGGACGACAAACCAUACACGCUGAGGAGUAUUUGCAAUGUCGCGUCGGUUUACUGGCAUCAAGGCCGGCGGGAGGACGCCAUAAAGGUGAUCCUAUCGGCCAGGGAGGGCGGCAACACCGACCGCGUGUCGGUCACCCAGACAUGCUCAUGUAUAUAAACAACCAUCGCGUUUACUAGGAAAAAACAGGGACCAUAUACAGAUACAUU